ACCGGAAAAACAAAACAAAAGUCUUCUCUUUUUAACUCCAUCGGAGAAGUGUUAUGUCUCCGACGAAUGUUCAAUUACCCGAUUACCAUCUCAACCAAUCAACAAACGGUACAACAAAUCUCUGGUCAACCGACGACGAUGCAUCGGUAAUGGAAGCUUUCAUCGGCAGCUCCGAUCAUUCUUCUCUUUUUCCUCCACUUCCUCCUCCUCUUCCACCUCCGGUCAACGAAGAUAAUCUCCAGCAACGACUCCAAGCUUUAAUCGAAGGAGCAAACGAGAGCUGGACUUACGCCGUGUUCUGGCAAUCAUCUCACGAUUUCGCCGGAGAAGACGACGGAGUAAGAACCAACAAUAACACAACCUUGUUAGGUUGGGGUGAUGGUUAUUACAAAGGAGAAGAAGAGAAAUCUAGAAAGAAGAAAUCAAAUCCAGCUUCUGCAGCUGAACAAGAGCAUCGUAAGAGAGUGAUACGAGAACUCAACUCUUUAAUCUCCGGUGGUGGUGUAGGAGGAGGGGAUGAAGCAGGAGAUGAAGAAGUUACUGAUACUGAAUGGUUCUUCUUAGUUUCAAUGACACAGAGCUUUGUCAAUGGUACUGGUUUACCUGGUCAAGCUUUCUCGAAUUCGAACACGGUUUGGUUAUCUGGGUCUAAUGCUUUUGCUGGAUCAAGUUGUGAGAGAGCUCGUCAAGGUCAGAUUUAUGGGUUACAAACAAUGGUGUGUGUAGCGACUGAGAACGGUGUCGUUGAGCUUGGUUCGUCGGAGAUUAUACAUCAAAGUUCAGAUCUUGUUGAUAAAGUUGACACCUUUUUCAACGGUGGUGGUGAAUCUGGUUCUUGGGCGUUUAAUUUGAAUCCAGAUCAAGGAGAGAAUGAUCCAGGUUUGUGGAUUAGUGAACCUAAUGGUGUUGAAUCAGGUCUUGUAGCUGCUCCGGUGAUGAAUAAUGGUGGUAAUGACUCAACUUCUAAUUCUGAUUCUCAACCAAUUUCGAAGCUUUGUAAUGGAAGCUCUGUGGAAAACCCUAACCCUCAAGUUUUGAAAUCUGGUGAAAUGGUGAGUGUCAAGAAUGGGAUUGAGAAUGGAUUCUCUGGUCAAAGCCGGUUAAUGGAAGAAGAUAAGAGAUCUCCGGUUUCGAAUAAUGAAGAAGGGAUGCUUUCUUUUACCUCUGUUCUUCCACGGCCUGCGAAAUCCGGCGACUCGAAUCACUCUGAUCUUGAAGCUUCUGUGGCUAAAGAAGCAGAGAGUAAUAGAGUUGUGGUUGAACCGGAGAAGAAACCGAGGAAACGAGGGAGGAAACCGGCGAAUGGAAGAGAAGAGCCUUUGAAUCAUGUAGAGGCAGAGAGACAGAGAAGAGAGAAGUUGAAUCAGAGAUUUUACUCUUUGAGAGCUGUGGUUCCUAAUGUGUCUAAGAUGGAUAAAGCUUCUCUUUUAGGAGACGCGAUUUCGUAUAUCAAUGAGCUUAAGUCUAAGUUGCAAAAGGCUGAAUCUGAUAAAGAAGAGUUGCAGAAGCAGGUUGAUGGGAUGAUCAAAGAGGCGGGGAAUUCGAAAAGUUCGGUUAAAGAUCGAAAAUGUUUGAAUCAAGAAUCGAGUGUGUUGAUAGAGAUGGAGGUUGAUGUGAAGAUUAUUGGUUGGGAUGCAAUGAUAAGGAUUCAAUGCAGUAAGAGGAAUCAUCCUGGUGCUAAAUUCAUGGAAGCACUCAAGGAAUUGGAUUUGGAAGUGAAUCACGCGAGUUUAUCGGUAGUGAAUGAUCUUAUGAUCCAACAAGCGACUGUGAAAAUGGGGAAUCAGUUUUUCACGCAAGAUCAGCUCAAGGUUGCUCUAAUGGAGAAAGUUGGAGAAUGUCCAUAAAUCGAAGUCAGCAUCUUUAGGGCUAAUAAUCUGGAGAAAUACUGCGAAAAGCCGAAAACAACGAUCAUAGUAUAAGCCGGUAAAAGGGUUUAAAUCUUUCACAAGUUUCUCUUGUGAAUGGUAGUUGUAAAAUCUAUUUGUAAGGGUAAUUUUGCAGUACCCACUUGUUGCUAUUGAAUGCUUGUUAGAGAGGGUUCUUAGUGUAGUAUAUGAUUAGGUUGGGGUUUGUGGUUCCAUGAGAUACAUAUAUGUGUUUGGCCAAUGGGUAAGUCUUUGGUUUAUUGGUGUAUGUAUUUUCAUAUGUAUGUAAAUAAGGCUUUAAUUUGUUA